UCACCAGGAAAGCAACCAGGAAAUAACCAUGAAGGGGAAGUAUCUGGUCAGCUGCUCAAUAGCAACUAUCAUGCUUCUGCUUUUGGCUGAUGUCAUUGACUCCAGAGGAUCAAGAGGCAGAUCCAGAGGUUCUAAAUCUCGUUCUGGUAUUUUUAGGUCUCAUUCUAGCAGUACCCAAAAAGGGAACCAUAGGACAUAUAUGAACUCUGCAGGGAGCUCUAGCAGAUCUGUUUAUAAACCUGCCCGUCCUACACAGAAUGCCUUCCCCUCAAAACACCAUCCUGCUGAUGUCCCUUAUGUUCCUGGAUAUUCUUCAUUACAUCCUAAAAAUGGUGGAGGAAGCAGCUGGGACCAACCCAAUGAAAGGCCAUGGAAGUCAAAGCCACCCCAAACCAAAUUAAAGUAUUUGGCUGGAGCUGCUGCUGCAGGUGUUGCAGUAGGAGCUGUUGGUGGCUUCCUUGUAGGUCGAGAAAUGUCCAGGAUGAAUUUUCAUUUUAGGUACCCUGAGGAGGAACGGUGGUGGCAUAAAAACCGCAAUUUGUAUCCCGAUCGGGUUUAUUUUCCAAAUUACAAUGAGCAGCCAGUCCCAGAGGAAGUCUUCCUAAGAGACUGUGCGAAUGUCACGGUGAGAGAAUUCAUUAACUCCAGCGGGAAAGAAACCACCAAUGAUAUAGAAACCAGGGUUGUGACACAAGUGGUACAUCAAAUGUGCACCGAGGAGUAUCGUGGCAGCUUCUUGAGACAGGCAGGAGGAGGCAACUUCGGGAAGAAAUCAGUGACAAGAAAAACAGCAGGAGCAGGUAUCACUGGUUUUGAAGGGGGACCCAACAAUGGUUAUGGCAUGGCUAUGGCUCUACAUGUCUCCUUUUUGAUGAUGCCCUUCUAUCUGAUAAGCCUUCAUUAUUAUUGAAGGGAGACCCAACAGAAGGCACGGAUGUGACUCUACAUGUCUCCUUUUAGAUGAUGCCCUCCAAGCCAACAAGCCUUCAUUGUUGUUGAUCAUCCUGCUGAUCAUGUGUUGCAUGCUACCCUGA